AGACUUAAAAUAUAACUUAAACCAAUAUGUCAUUUCAUAUCUUAUAAUCUUCAUGUAUAUAUAUGUAACUAAAUUCUUUUAUCUUUUUUCCCAUUUCUACCCUCAUUCUUUUUUUCCAUUUAAGUUUUAGCAAUGAAACAAUUACUUCGUAUUUCAUAUCAAAAGUUUCAACUAUUGAAAAACGUACCUACAUAUGAAAUAACCUAAAUAUGAACCCGUGCAUCGAACGGGCCAAAAGACUAGUUCAGUUCAAUUAACGGCCCCUGAAUUUUUCUCACAUUCCCACAAAAAAAAAAAAAAAAAAAAAAAAACGGAAGUGCUACCCUUCCAUCAGCAAGCUAAAAAGCUUUUCAGUUUCGAGUCUUCUCGCGUACAAGGUUCUUCCAAUUUGAGUCCCCAAAGAUAAUCUGUGAAGAUCGCUCAGUGAUUUGAAUUUUUCAAAUCCCCAAAAUUUAGGGUUCUUAUAUGUGUUAACUUGUUACCUUUGAUAAUGUUGCGAAGGUCUGCUUUGGCUCUUUCGCGUCGUCGAUCGUUCAUUGGGAGAGUAUCAAGGCAGUCUUCAACUCCUCAGAUACAUUCAUCUGUAUACCCUAGGAGGGAAUUUUCCUCUAUUCCUCAGCAAAAUGCAUCUCCGGGUCCUAGCUCAAAAACCAAGCCAAUUGGACUUUUUAUCGGAAGUGUUGCCUUUGGUGCGUGCUUCUAUGCAGCUUAUUCCAGAGGAUAUAUUAAUGUUUUAUUAGGCCAGAAGGAGCAGAAUUCUGAUCUAUUGAAGGUUGACAAUGGGAAGUCACCAAAAGGUGAUGAAGGCCUUGAUUUCCAAAACAAUAAAGAUGCUACACCUGUACAUACCAGCAAAGACUCUGAAAUUCUCAAUCAUCAUGUGAAUGAUGAGACUGAAAGACAGUCCACCAUGGACCCUAUUGGAGAUUCUGGCAAAUUUGAAGGUGAAAAUGAUUCAAUUGUCAAAGAUUUAUCAGAAUUGGCCAAUGAAGCAUUUACUCAUGCCAAGGAGGAAGAUUUGCCAAAACAUUCUGGUGAUGAAAUUGCAAAAGGAGAACAAUUGUCGAAAUCUUCUCUGGAGGAAACAGCAAAGGAUGAAUAUUCAAGCUCUCAAAAACCUUUUGCAGAUAGUGCAGACAUGAAUUCUUCAGGGGAGAAAUCUCACUUUGAGCAGCAUGAGACCGAUGUAGACCGGCCGACGAUUACUAAUGUCGAUGCUGUUCUCCAAGGAAACAAUACGGAUAAAGACGACAUAACAGAGCUCAAACCACAAAAUGAACCUAAGGUGGAGUCAUCAUCAUCCCUUUUAGAUACAUAUCAUCUGGAAGACAAGGUUGAUGAUGGAGCUUCAACCACAAGUGGGCAUGCCAGUAAUAAUUCGUCUCCUUUGGAAGAGACUUCAUCCAGUGCAUUAGGAGAUUCAGAAGAUGCUUAUGUAUCUAAGGACGGAAAGCUGAUUUUGGAUUUCCUGCAAGCCAUCCAUGCAGCUGAACAAAGGCAAGCUGAGCUGGAUGCACGUGUCUUUGCAGAAGAAAAGAGGACAAUGAAGGACAAAUAUGAAAAAGAGCUGAAGGAUGCAAGGGCGAGGGAACUCAUGUAUGCUGAAGAAGCAGCUAUGUUAGAAAAGGAGGUAAAUAAAGAAAAAGCUAAAGCUGCUGCAGCCCUAAAGUCACUUCAGGAAAGGGCUGAAGAGAGGUUAAAGAUGGAACUUGAAGAAAAGGAAAGAGAAGCAGAGUUAAAACAGAAAGAAAUCAAGGAUCUCGCCAAAGCUGAACUAGCUGCAUCAAUUGCUCUAGAAAAGGCAGCGCAGAUUGAGAAGAUGGCUGAAGCAAAUUUAAAUAUAAAUGCCCUGUGCAUGGCAUUCUAUGCAGGAUCUGAAGAGGCUCGUCAAACUCAUUCCAUGCACAAGCUUGCUUUGGGUGCACUUGCAUUGGAAGAUGCACUAUCAAAUGGGCUACCAGUUCAGUCAGAAUUAGAUGCAUUGCAUGUGUGUGUAGAUAAUGUUGAUAAGGACCCAUUAUUGCAGUUGGCCCUAUCAUCUAUUCCUGAAGAUGUUCGCCUUCAUGGCACCGAUACUAUUCUACAAUUAAAUCGGAAGUUUGAUGACUUGAAAGGGACAUUGCGGCACUUCAGCUUAAUUCCACCAGAUGGUGGUGGUAUUUUGGCACACUCAUUGGCUCAUGUAGCAUCCUUUUUGAAGGUCAAGGAAGCUGAUCAAUCUGGGGAUGGUAUUGAGUCUGUUUUAAAUAAAGCUGAGAGCCUACUAGCCCAAGGGAAGCUCGCAGAGGCAGCUGAUGUGCUUGAAGAUGGUGUCAAAGGCAGCAAAGCCUCUGAAGUUGUAGGUGACUGGUUGAGAAGAGCUAGAAACAGAGCCAUUGCUGACCAAGCAUUGGUUCUCAUUCAGUCUUAUGCUGCUUCUAUCAGCCUUACGUGAAGUUGUCCUCACUCCUCACCAACCCUGAAGACUCACUGAAAUAGUGAGUCAUUUGUAGAAGACAGUGUUUGAUCAUGAUUUCUUUCAUUUAUGAGAAAAUAACAAAAUAGAACAAUUAUACUUUACACAGGUACUGUAUAAGGCUGCAAAGAGUUUUGUGUAGACUCACUGAAAUUCUUGUGUAUCAUGACAGUGUAACCAACAUGUAAUCAGCGCUGCUGGUUGCGAUUCAAGAAAAGGGAAAAGAAUGAAGUUUUGAUUCUUAU